GUGAAUGUCAGAACGUUCUGUAUGGGGAAAUGCGGUGAUAUUAGUUCAAAAGUACAUCUUUGUUUAGAGUUUCGCUGUCCUAAUAACCUGCGAUUGCAUGAGGUUUUUAGUUUAUCAUUUCGUUUCCCGUUGCUUUUUACUUGUCCUUUGUGGACAACAUUAUAUUUCCAGCAUGAGGCGCUUUGCUCAUCCAGCAGCCUUGGCUUACUGCAUGACAACACUUGGUGCUGGCAUGAUGAACAGCAUUUUUAGUUUCUACUAUGUUAAACUGUUCUUAAACAGGUACAGAAUAUCUGAAGUAGCCUUCCACAAGUCACAGGUGGUCUUUAUGAUCUGGAACGCACUGAACGACCCCUUGUUUGGCUAUUUGCAAGACAACUCACGCAUGGAGUGCUGCUCACGACGGCGGCUCUCGAUUUUAUAUGGAGCCCCGCUGUACUGUCUGGCUUUCUUGCUUGCUUGGUUCCCGUGGAGGACGUAUGAGCCAGGCGACUGGCUGAGUGGCGUUCACCUCAUGGUUACUCUGUGUGCUUUUGAUGGCAUGCUCACAUUCGUGCUGUUAGCCCAGUGUGCACUGUUUGCAGAAAUCUCAGGAAAACAUCAGAACAGACUGAGACUGAUCAAAUACAGCCAGGUGGCGUCUCUGGUGGGAUCUUCUAGUGUGCUCUUCAGUGGUCUCAUCUCCAGGAACAUGGACGACUUUGCAGCCUUCCAGGGCUUUACUGUCCUGGUCGCCGUGCUGGCAUGUUGUUGUAUGCUGUACACGGGCUUCCAUAGUGAAAGUCGAUUUGAUAGUAAAAGUUCUGAGCAGAGUUCCCCGGGUCCUCAGAAACCUCCGCUCUCCAUGUCUUCUGUGCUCUCCAUGACCUGGCAGAUCCUCACCAACCGAAACUUCCAGGUCUUUGUCAUCAUGAACUUCUUCCAAGUGUUCAUGGUGGCAUUCUGCAACAACUUCACCAUGAUAUUUGCAGAGCACCUCAUCCCUCCAGAUGUCCUGCCGUCGCUGGCAAAGAGCUUCAUGUAUGGAGCUGGAUUCAUCUGCCCGCAGUUGUUGGUGUUGUGCAGCCAGAAUCUUCUUCACAAGUUUGGCUACUACAGACUCAUUCUGGUCACCUUCUAUGUGGAGGCUGGGGCUGCUGUCAUCAUGCUUCUGCUGGGUCCAAAAAACUACUAUUUCCUUGCAUUGUUCCUUACUGUCAACAUGGUCUUGGUUCAAGCAGCCUUCAGUCUUUUCAAUUUGCCGCUGGCUGAUAUUAUUGACUCUGACCUACAGAAAUACAAACGCAGCUCUCCUCUCUCAUCUAUGGUUUUUGGGACCAAUGCUCUUUUCACAAAGCCGGCGCAGUCUCUGGCCCCGAUGCUGGUUGUGUCCGUCCUCAACCAGUAUGGCUAUGAGGAAAUGAAAGAUGUCGGGAGAUCUGCGGACUCAAGUGCUCUUCAGUCUCUGCACAGCACCAUGUUUUACCUGGUUUGUGUGGUACCGAUGUGUGUCACAGUCUUGCAGGUGCUGGCAUGGAGGCCGUUCUCCAUACGGGACAGUCAUACACUGGACUCCAAAUACAUAGAUGGAUGAAUUAUAGCUUGUUUUAUUAUGUGUAUGUGUGCGUUCGUGUACAGCACUUUAUGAUCUGAUUUUGACUGUUAAACUCCAGAAAGAAAGGCAAUAUAGAUACAUCAAGUGUCAGGGGUCUAUUUUACAGGGAAACAGGUGUGAUGUGUUUAUGGUGUUGGUGCUUAGGAUAUAUAUAUACUUGUUUACAGCAAGAAAGUGUGGAGAUUAUUAAAGGCCCAGUAAUAAGAUUUGAUGAAAUGUUGUAAACUGUAAUAGAGUAGGCCUAUGAUGCAAUGCAGAGAGUGUUAUCACACAGCUACUUUCUGAGUAAAUAAUAAAGGGACAUGAAGUUUUGAUUUUACAUUAAAUUAUUGUAUCAUGUGAGAAAAUAAAAUACUGUCACAUAUAAGUUUGUAUGUGACUCUCUAUACUGUAAACACAAUAGUGCCACUGUGCUUGUCUUUAAGCUGUUGGAAUGAUACAUAUUGAUUUGUGAUAGUUAUGAUAGAUUGUACUCUCAAGUCUUUUUUUUUUUUUUUUGCAUAUUUUUAAG